AUGGCCAAGGAGAAGCGCCAUCCGCGGGCUUCUGUAGAGGCAGCCAAGGCAUUUAUCCAAGCAGAGCACGACAGGACCGCCAAAGCGCGCCAACAAAGGCAAUGCAGGGCCAACGAGUCGCUUCGAAGCAGCACACUACAAGAGUCGGCGCUUCAGGACGGGCACGAGGACGCAAACUCGCGUCGUCACGCCCGAGUGGAUGCCCUUCUCGAGACUCCCAAAGUCGUAGCAGAAACACAGCGUCCCGCCCUGAAGCGGCCAACUCCAAGUCCAACGAGGCAAGCUCCCGUCGGAGAAGGUCAAUCCGACCUUGAAGAUGUAAAUGUCCGUCCCAAGGAGGAGACGGAAGCCCGGCUCCAGAACGCCAAUUAG